GUCCAGGAGUCCCAGCCCAAAGUGCUCUUCACGGAAUUGCCUUCGCUUUGGUUCUUGCCGGUCAAGGACCGCAAGCCCAACCCGAAAGACUACCGCUGCCCAACCUACAAGGUCCUCUCACGAAAGGGGACGCUGCUAACGACCGGGCACUCAACGAACUUCGUGCUCUACCUCGAACUCCCGACGGAUCAGGCUGGGAAUUUGCACCUAGCCACUCUGGCAAAAAGUCUUGCCGAAUCAACGGUGAGUUUCAGAGCAUACACGUGUAAAGUACAUAAGGAUUAG